AUGAUGAACAAAAUCUUCAGGGACCUAUUGGAUGUCUACGUCAUCAUUUACUUGGACAAUAUCCUAGUCUUUUCCUUAAAUGAAAGCAAUCAUGAAGUUCAUGUGCAAGAGGUACUCAAGAGGCUACAGGACAAUGACCUCUUUUGCAAUAUUGAAAAAUGCCAUUUCCAUGUCAAGAAGAUUGAUUACUUAGGAUUCAUCAUAUCGGAAUUUGGAAUAGAAGUAGAUCAGUCCAAGGUCACAGAUGCAAUGAAUUGGUCAACACCCAAGAAUGUCAAGAAUAUCCAGGAAUUCUUAGGGUUUGUGAACUUCUACAGAAGAUUCAUCCCUAAUUUUGGCAACAUGGCACAACCCUUGUAUAAUUUGCUCAAAAAGGAUAGUAUUUGGAAAUGGGACUUGGCAGAACAACAAUUGUUUGAUGACCUAAAAAAAUGUCUCACAUCAGCACCUUUGCUUCUACAGCCUGAUACCACCAAACAGUUUUAUGUGGAAUGUGACGCAUUGGAUUACGCCACUGGAGCCAUAUUAUCCCAACGCAAUCCUGAAGGAAAAUUGGCCCCAGUAGCCUAUUUAUCCAAGUCCUUAUUGCCGGCUGAAAAAAAUUACAACAUCUUUGACAAGGAAUUAUUAGCAGUCAUUAGGGCAUUUAAGGAAUGGCGCCAUUUGCUAGAAGGAUCCAAAUUACCAGUCCAAGUUCUAACAGAUCAUAAGAACUUAGAAUAUUUUUCCACGUCCCAAUCCCUGAACAAACGCCAGAUUAGAUGGGCCAACUUCCUAGUUGACUAUAACUUCCAAAUCAUUUAUAGACCUGGAGCACAGAACAAAAAAGCAGACAUCCUCUCACAACGCUAUGAUUUGGUACCCCUUGAAGGGGGGGUAGAGAACCAGGUUCUCCUGAAACCAGAACUUUUUGUUUCAGCUAUUACCCCAGAUCAGGAAAUCAAUGACCUAAUUGGCAAGGCAAUUUAUGAGGAUAACCGUCUGAAAGAAAUCAUACAUAAACUUCAGGACAAGGAAAAGGUCACAGAUUGGGAACUAAAAGAAGGGUUACUAUGGCAUCAAGGGAAAAUCUUUGUACCUAAGGAUGAUACUAUUAGAAACCUUAUCUUGGAAUCUAGGCACAACGCAUUAGCUGCGGGACAUCCGGGACAAGCCAGAACUUUGGAACUUGUCUUGAGGAAUUAUUAUUGGCCAUCCAUGAAAAAUUUGUCAACUCCUAUGUCAGCCACUGUACCAGUAGGACUGUUAAAGCCAUUACAAAUUCCCAAACGGCCCUGGGAGGACAUAGCAUAUGACAUGAUUGUAGGACUACCAAUCUCAGAAGGCUUUGAUGCUAUCCUAACCAUAAUUGAUUGCUUCUCAAAAAUGGUCCACUUCAUUCCCACUCAAUCCACGGCGUCUGCUAUUGACAUUGCCAAUCUCUUCAUCACAUAUAUAUGGAAAUUACACGGUCUCCCCAGAAGUACGGUUUCAGACAGAGGCCCCACGUUCAAUGCCAAGUUUAUUUGCCACCUAUAUAAAAGGCUGGACAUUAAACCUACAUAUUCUACAGCCUACCAUCCACAAACAGAUGGACAGACAGAACAAAUACAAUGGGAGGCUGAAAUCUUUAUAUGUAUGUUUGGAAAUCACCACCAAUUGGACUGGGUAUCCCUACUUCCUUUAGCCGAGUUUGCGCUCAACAACCUUAAACAAUCUUCCACAGGAAAAUCUCCGUUCCAGAUAUGUUACGGAUUGAACCCCCAAUUCUCUGUGGGUCAGAAAUCAGACAAAUCAGUCCCUAAUGCAGAUGAACAUGCCAAGUUCUUGGAAAAGGGCUAUGAUGAAGUCAAGGCAACCUUGUUACUGUUGCAAGAAAAAAUGAAAUAUUUCUACAAUCAACGCCACAGGGAAGAAGAAGAAAUCCGAGUAGGAGAUAAGGUCUGGUUAAGUCAUCAGAAUAUAUCCACCAACAGGCCGUCCAUCAAACUUAGCCAUAAAAAGUUAGGCCCCUACUUGGUAAUUGAGAAAAUUGGAUCACAUGCAUACAAGCUACAACUACCUCACACAAUGCGCGUACAUCCAGUUUUUCAUAUCAAUCUCCUAACCAAGUUUCAUCCCGACCCCCAUGGCCAAGACCCUCCUCAACCUGCACCCAUUACCACAGAAGAAGGAGAAGAGGAAUACGAAGUAGAAAGAAUCAUAGACAGCAAAUGGAAGGGACGGGGGAAAUCAAGGAAACUCUGGUAUUUGGUCAAGUGGAAGGGAUACAAUGAAGGAAGUAACUCGUGGGAACCCAUAGACAAUGUGGACAAUGCCCAAGAAGCUAUCAAAGAAUUCCAUGAUGAACAUCCAGAUGCAGUUAGAGCUUGA